UUUUUUCCCUUUUGUUUCCCAGGAUAUCAUAAAGUUGGUCCAUGCGAAGGGAAAGCUGAAGGGUACAGAUGUGAAAAGUGUGGUGAUGGCACAUACACAGCAAUAGAAAACUCCGUAGGCGAAUGUAGGCGUUGUAAGAGUUGUGAAUAUGAUGAGUUUGAAGCUAAUCCAUGCACCUUUUCUAGUAAUACGCUGUGCGAGGAUUGCAAAUGUGAACAAUGCGAAGGACCCAACAACAACAGGGAGUGCAAGUCCUGCAAAAGCGAGCAGUGUUUGCAAUUCCCAGAAUGCAAGAGGAUAUGCAAAAAUGUAAAACCUAUUCCAAAUCGGUCUUCAAUUACAACUGCAACCACAACUGCAACCACAACAGCAUCUACAACUUCACUUUCAAAUGACGCUCCAAAUCCUGUGAAGGAAUUUCAGUGGCUUUUGCUCACUGGGGUUUUGGUGCCGUUUCUGGGCUUACUGUGGUUCGUGCUUUUCAUUAAGAAUCCAUUCAAAUGUCUCUGCUGGAGAGCGAAAAAUGAGCUGGUGCCCCCUGUCGAAGAUGCCAUAUUGAACGAACAAGGCAGUCAUCAAGGCACCAGCCCAGACACACUGACAUUACACAUAUCUGAGGAAACUCCCAUGAUGACUCUCAGUCAGAGUGCAGCCACACCAGAACACCCAGCCCACAUCAGGCCUCUCCUACCAGACGGUGAACACAAAGUUAUCAAACAAAUCGAGCAAACUGAGCACUGGCCGGCCAUCGUCCUCUAUGCCAUCAUCAAGGAGGUGCCCCUGCGUAGGUGGAAAGAGUUCUUGCGUCUGCUCUCGGUGGCGGAUCAGCAGAUAGAGCGGGUGGAGCUGGAGGCUGGUUUGGGUAUGGGCUCCAUGGAGAAGCAGUACCAGAUACUGAGGCUGUGGAGUCAGCGCUCCUCUGGCUGCCUGAAUGAUGUCUUCUCGGCCCUGCACUACAUGGAUUUAUCUGGCUGUGCCCAGCUACUGCAGGAAAACCUGGACAAGCUGCAGUGGAAACCUUAACUGGAGCUAUGUUCCCCAGUCUGCAGAUGUUACAAAGACCAUGGUUUUAAUGGGGCACUGCAGGACACAUGAGGCUUCAGCACCUGGGAACACAAGAACCAUAAGAGAAAACUGCUUCCUAAAAAGGACACCAACUGGAGCAAUAGUUCAUCCCCAGGAAGCUGAAGUGACGUCAAAAGUGACUCAUAAUGAGUAAUGCAGAUGUUUUGUUUUCUACAUAUUUAAUGGUUGAACAUCAUCAAAUGCCCUCCAGAUAAGUGUAAAAUGUGUGCCUUUUUGAGUCUUUAUUUGGUUGACAGCUGAUAUUGUACAUAUCAGUUCCAGGUUGGUUGCAGUGCAAAGUAAUCUGCAGAAAUGGCUUCCUCAAAUACAUGUCACAACAACUAAACUAUUUUAGAAAGCCGCGUCAUGGCCUGUAACAACUUAGGGCAGAACUCUAGUAAUAUAGGUGGAGAUUUAAGGACAACAUCAUGAAUAAAGGGGAAUACCCUUUUUUUAUCUAUACAGCUUAAUCUCCAGCUUCUCGUGACCCUGCUCUUAAAGGCCAACUGUUUGGUUAGAAUCUUGUUCAGUUUGAGUAUUUAAACUGUGUGAACAAUCGUUGAUGUUGAAGCAGCACACCAGACAUCCCUUUUAUCUCAUUUGAGAAUCAAAGUGUAUUGGUACAACGCUGCUCACGUCAGUUUUUCAGUUUCCUGCAAAUAAAACGUGUCAGGGCGCUGUAGACUGGGUUUUUCCUCACCACACAUAUUCCAUCUAAACGAUGGUUUCCUGCUGUGUGGUUGAAAGUAUCUCACUUUGAGAGUUUAUGUGUGUCAUUCCAGUUACUGCAGGCAGUAAUGCACUUUCCACUAAAUCCAUCUAAUAAUGUUUUUAUAUGAAUCUAGGUCUGUCGUUUUUGGCUUUU